GCUCAGCAUUUAGCGUGACUGCCGCCUGCUGCUUCACUAUGCUGGGAGGCCUGGGGAAGCUGGCUGCCGAGGGCCUGGCCCACCGCACGGAGAAGGCCACGGAGGAAGUUGCGAUUGCAGAUGCCUUGAAGAAAGCCCAGGACACAGGGGACAAAGUGGUGAAGGAAGCCACUGAGACGGUGACCAACACAGUCUCAAAUGCUGUCACGCACGCCGUGGAGGGGCUGGGCAAAUUGGGACAGUGAGCACACCGGCCCCUGCCACUACACGUCCUGAAUUGCAAUAAAAGCCACAACAUAUGUA